UCAGAUGCGGUACAGUCGAUUUCGAAAACAGAUUACCCUUGGACACAUUGGUUUCGUGUCGAAGAAUACGGCGAGUGGCGUGCACCGAAUGUUUGAUGAAACCCUCAAAGCUGCAUUUCGACCAGCGUCCAGCGUAACGCUAUCAGAUGGCUUUGACCUUGAACACAUCUACAAGGAUCAACCGCUUGUUCUAAUUUCUAGGAGUCCUUAUUUUUUUGUUAUUUAAGAAUUUUGGGUUCCC